AUGGAUGGUUAUCCGGCUGGCCUGGAAGAUGCACGCUCACUGCAACCGAAAGAUGUAGUGGGCAUGAGUUUUGACACUAUUGAAAUGGCGUACAAUUUCUACAAUGCAUACGCGGCGGCUGUAGGUUUCAGUACAAGGGCACAAAAAGUAUCAAGGCGACGAAAUGGAGAGGUUAGAAUGAAGGAAUGGUGUUGUAGCAAAGAGGGUAAGAGGAGGUUUGUGCAGCCAGAACUAGCACCUAACAAACGCCGCUGCAGAGACGAGACAAGAUGCAGAUGCCUUGUAAGAAUGCGGAUAGUUUUUGAUCUGACCAUAGCAAAAUGGGUUGUCUCAAUGUUUGUGCCGGAGCACAAUCACCCGCUUACGCAGCCAGACUUUGUGCGGUUCCUUGCCUCACAUAGGACUGUAACUGAAGGUGAUAUGGCCCAGAUGAUGGCGAUGCGCGCGUCGAACAUACGACCAACUCACAUAAUGCAAUACAUGUCCAGACAGGCUGAAGGAGUAGAGAAUGUCGGGUUCACGCGUAGAGACAUGUACAACGCAAUGCAGGAGCAUACUAGGACACAAAUUUCAACCGGCGAUGCACAACGAGCACUGGCCUUUCUAGAUUUGAAGAAAACAAAUGACGAUGGUUGUUUCCAUGAACACACAUGUGAUGAAGAUGGACGGCUCAAAAAUUUGUUCUGGUGUGACACAUCAUGUCGUUUUGAUUAUGCGUGUUUUGGGGAUGUAUUAGCAUUCGAUGCGACAUACAAGACUAAUCUCUUCAAUAGACCACUUGUGAUAUUGAUAGGUGUAAACAAUCACCAUCGAACAUGUUUCUUUGGAUGUUCGAUACUAAUCGAUGAAACAACAACAACGUAUAUGUGGCUCUUAGACACCUUUCUCCGAGCAAUGGGGAACAAGAUGCCGGUCUCUGUGAUAACGGACGGAUGCAAGGCAAUGGCAGCAGCAAUCCGAGCGAAACUACCCAAUGCCCGUCAUAGACUUUGCGAGUGGCAUUUGGAAAGAAAUUGUUCGGCUAAUAUACACAGGGGGAAUUUCCCAAAUGAAGUGAAAUCAUUGUUCCGUCAUAAGGACCCAGAAACAUUCGACACUGCUUGGCAUGAGCUGCUUGAAAGACAUGAGAUAGUUGGAAAUCCAUGGGCACAGGAAUACUUAUACGAUCAACGUCGAAUGUGGUGUGAUGCAUAUCUUUUGGGACAUUUUUUUGCUGGCCAAAGGACGACGUAA